UGAAAGGUCGUCACCAGGCAGAAGAUGGCGGCGGGGUUGUUGUGAGUGAGGCUGAGUUUGAAUAUUGAGGAGGAUUACAGUUACUCUUGUAUUCGCGGAGAAAGAGUGAGAGAUACACCGCCAGGAUGGGGCGGCGGUCUACCAGCUCCACUAAGAGCGGGAAAUUCAUGAACCCGACAGACCAGGCCCGAAAGGAGGCCAGGAAACGGGAACUGAAAAAGAACAAGAAGCAGCGAAUGAUGGUGCGAGCUGCUGUGCUCAAAAUGAAGGAUCCCAAACAGAUAAUCAAAGAUAUGGAGAAACUGGAUGAAAUGGAAUUCAAUCCUGUGCAGCAGCCACAACUUAAUGAGAAGGUGCUGAAAGACAAACGGAAAAAGUUACGAGAAACAUUUGAGCGGAUCCUGCGUCUGUAUGAGAAAGAAAAUACUGAUUUUUAUAAGGAACUGCGGAAACUUGAGACCGAAUAUGAACAGAAGCGAUCACAGCUGUGCCAGUUCUUUGAUGCUGUCAAGAAUGCCCAGCAUGUGGAGGUAGAGAGUAUUCCGCUGCCAGACAUGCCUCACGCUCCAUCAAACAUCAUGAUUCAGGAUAUCCCUCUCCCUGGAGCACAGCCACCGUCCAUAUUGAAAAAGACUUCAGCUUAUGGGCCACCCUCUAAACCUGUCACACUCAUGCCUCCUCCUUCUCAUGGCGUUCCUCGAUUACCACCUGGUAAGAAGCCUCCUGGCCCACCCCCAGGGCCACCACCACCUCAGGUGUUAGCGCUUUAUGUAAGAAGGAUGGGCCCUCCUCCAGGCUUACCUCUGAAAGGAAAAGAUGAAGAUAAUAUUUAUGAUCCUGAGACUGCGAUUCAGGAUAUGCAAGAGGAGGAUGAGGAUGACAGUGCGGAUGAUGAUUACCCUGUGGGCAUGGAGCAGGAUCAAGAUGGAAAUCGAGAAGAUCAAGAUGAAGACAGUGACGAUUCAAAGGAUAAAGAUAGUGAUGAUGACGAUGAUGAUUUUCGGCAUCGAGAUGAAGAUGAUGAAAAUUUAAGAGGAGAUGAUGAUAAACCAGGGCGCAUUGUGCGGUUUGCUGAUGUGCAAGACAAACAAAAGAGAAAGACGAAGAAAAACCUGAAGGAGCUGACUCCUCUGCAGGCCAUGAUGCUUCGAAUGGCAGGUCAGGAUUUCCCCGAUGAAGAGGAGGAGGAGGAGGAGGAAGCACAUACUGAGGCAGCUGUAGAAGAGGAAAAGAUGGAUGCUGAAGAGCAGAAUCGAGAAAAGCGGCAACGAGAGGAACCACGGCCAGAAGGGCUGCAGGUUCCACCACCGACUCCGAUGCCCCCCCGGGCACCAAUGCAGGCCCCACCAAUGCCUGGGCCUCCACCUCUCGGUCCUCCUCCUGCACCUCCACUGAGACCCCCAGGACCACCAUCUGGUUUACCACCAGGACCACCUCCAGGUGCACCUCCAUUCAUACGACCACCAGGAUUGCCUGGCAUUAGAGGGCCACUUCCACGAUUGCUUCCUCCUGGGCCACCACCUGGGCGACCUCCAGGCCCACCACCAGGACCCCCACCGGGCCUUCCUCCGGGUCCACCACCACGGGGACCUCCUCCCAGAUUACCACCACCAGCACCCCCAGGUAUCCCACCUCCUCGACCAGGUAUGAUACGUCCACCAAUGGCCCCUCCACUGGGACCUGCACCACCAGGAUUGUUCCCCCCAGCGCCAGUGCCAAACCCUGGUGUCCUCAGUGCUCCCCCAAGUCUCAUCCAGCGUCCAAAAAUGGAUGAGACUGUGACCACCAUCGAGAAGAAAGCAAUUGCCACCAUCAGUGCGAAGCCCCAAAUCACCAACCCCAAGGCUGAGAUCACUCGCUUUGUCCCCACUGCGCUGCGUGUAAAACGAGAAAGCAAGAGUCAGGCACCUGUGAAGAAGGGAGAGGAAGAGAUUGUUGCCCCAACAAAGCCAGUACCAAAAACUACACCUGCUGUCUCUAUCCAAACAAAGGACGAUAUCUACGAAUCAUUCAUGAAAGAAAUGGAAGGACUUUUAUAAGUAAUCCAGAUGUGUGCUCUCUUCUUGUCCUAGACCUACCAACGUCUUGGUAUUUGUUUGAGAUUUGUGUAUAUUCAUUUCUGAGCCUGCUGUGUAUUCUUUUCAAACAUUUAUGAAAUCUGCUCGUGUGAUGUACAGACUGAACAAACAUUAUACAUGCGGUAAAGCUCAACCUGAUGAUCUAUUACGGUUGAAGUUCAGUAGUUGAGAGUGGACUCCCAUUUGUGACUUUAUAAACACUGUACCUGAAGAUCAGACUUGAUGCCUACUUAUAGACUUCAAAUGAGGGAAGAACUGGGGUUCGGUACAUGUCAGCAUAUAUAAAAAUGUUUGUUCUGAGAAUGCUCCUCCAGACAUAGCCUAGUUUACUUAGACAUUGUAUGACUAUUUUAUGUAUUUUCCCUUUCAUAUUAUGGAAAUUCUGGUGACAACAUGCCAUUAGUCCAUUAUUCCAUGGACCUGAACAGUAAGGCACUGCAAUCCUAAAGAAGUUCAUUGCGGUGAAUUAUUGUUGUAUUAUUUGAUUCCUUUGGGUUUGUUUGAAUAAUAUACAUGAUGAAGUAAACCGAAUUGGUCCAAUGA